AUGCAAAGGAUAGAGUCGAUUAAUAAGUUGAUUCAUGAUAAGGUUAAUUGGGCUACUUCUUUAUGUGAUUUGCUUGCAACUAUUGAUAGUUGUGUUAAAAAUGAAGAACAGUUUGAAAAAUUUGAAAUUGAACAUAAUGUAUUACCAAGAGUUGGACUAUCAUCAUUGAAUAACAGAUUUUUUAAAGAAGUUGAUAAUAUUAUCAAACAAUUCUUAACACCUAUCAUACUGGGAAAGCAACGUCAACAGAUGAAUCAGUCAGCUGAUAAUGAAGAUGAAAUUAUCUCAGGGCCUCGAGAACAAGAACAAGAUAUUCGACAAGUUCUUUUUAAAUCAUUAAUUGGGAACAUUAUUCAGGCAAUUUUAGAACCUAAUACAAAUAAAGAAAUACUUUUCCAACAAAUACCAACUAUUGCAGUUUGUGGUGCAUUUAAACCAAAAGAGGAUCAAUCUAUGAGCAAUUUUACAUUUAAACAUUUAUUUGUUAUUCGAUUUAUACUAUGGAAUUCUGAAUCAACAACUAAAUCUGAUAAAGCUAUAUAUGCAGAAUU